GGGAGUUAUUAGGACACAUCACAACACCAAAGUGGAAGUCUCUGAGUUUACAUGGCCGACAGUAAGAAAUAUCAAGCUUCUUCGUUGUCGUCGUCUUCAUCGGAUCAUCUGUUUGUUGGAAGAGUCUCUUCUUCGAGCUUGCUCGACACAGUCUAUCCUCCCCCACCUUCGGUAGGAGCAAGAAAGGGGAACCCUGCAACUGAAGUUGACAGCAGCAAAUCCCAAUCCAAUGAACAAAAGGCGAAGGAGUUUUCGUACAAGAAUGGCGAGGGUCAUUACAGGAUGAGUCCUAACGAAUCUUGCAACUUCAGCUCGUCCAUGAUGUUCUACGGAGGCCAGAGGCAUUACACUCCGAUCAUCCACGACCACGCCGACUCUCCUGUCUCCUAUCUUCGAUCCACUCAAGCUUCCAGGCGAGACGACAUCAAUGAUCCGGAGGGGACUGAAAAUGGCGCAGCUUCAAGAGGAAACUGGUGGCAAGGCUCAUUAUACUACUAGGUGGCUGACAAUUUUUCCGUUUUCGUUUUCGUUUUCUUUUCAUCAUCCAAAUCCAAAAUAAAGUCUCGGGUUCGAAAGAACCGAGUUUUUAUAGAUUCCUAGUUUUUUUUAUAAGCAAUGUUUCGGCAUAAAACUCGGGUUUUAUACCUUUUGUAAACUAUAUGCAAGAAGCCACUGGUAAAGGAGAGCGGUUUUGGGAUAUA